UCCCCCCUCUACUACAGAAGGAAAUUUCGCCCACCGUUCAUGGCCGUUCAUGUGAACAGACGUGUGCACCGUACAGUAGCUAACUAAAAGAAGAAUAUUCCGAAAACAUGGCACAAUCAGGCAAAGCAAUCCCAUCAAGGACAUCAACUACACAGAAAGUUGGAGAGAUUGGUGAUGACAAAGAGGAUAAAAAUAAUUCUGAAGGCCAGACUGAUUCUCCAGCAUCAACAGAGGAGGUAGCUGCCCCAACUCCACAGGUCAUCGUGGUAGAUGCCCCUACUCCACAGGUAAUCUUUUCCACAGAACCUGAUGCCAAUGAGGAUGGAGAUGGAGACAAAGUAGCUCCUAUUGAAGAUGAUGUUACAGAGGACAAGGAGGUCAAAGAUGUCCCAGAUUGUGAAGGGGAGCAGAUGGAUACAACUCCUGCCCCUGCUGCUGAGGAGGAAACGGUUAAGGUCACAUUUGAGUCAGAAAAUGCAGUCGAAGAUGCCAAUAAUGUUGACGAGAAGACCAAUGGAAAUGACCAGGCUGUUGCAGUAGCCCCAGUAAAAAGGAAAGCAGAGGAUGAGACUUCUCCAGCGAAGAAAACAAAGGGCAUUAAUGAUGGUUUUUGUCUUUUUGUUGGAAACUUGAACACAACCAAGGAAGUGGAGGAACUCAAUGAUGCCUUGGCCAGCUUUUUUACAUCGCAUAGUCUGUUAUUUCAGGCUAUUCGAGUGGACAUAACAAAGAAGUUCGCAUAUGUAGACUUUCAUACAGAGGAAGACUUGAUGAAAGCCCUUGAGCUGGAUAGGGUGAAGAUCCUGGACCAAAAGAUAAGGUUAGGCAAGGCUAAUGUCAAAGACGUCACAGCAGAUGAAAAAAAAGCUAAAGAUGCCAAGACCUUGUACGUCAAGAAUAUCCCAUUCGCAGCAACAAAGGAGGACUUGAAGAAAGUCUUUGACACGGCUGUCGAAAUCAGGUUUCCUAGAGGCAUUGGUAGACCAAGCAAAGGAAUUGCCUACAUAGAGUUCAAAACGGAGGCCAUUGCUGAGAAAGUGCUGGAGGAGAAGCAGGGGACUGAUGUCCAAGGCCGUGUCAUCGUUAUUGACUUUUUGGGAGAAAAGAGCCAACAACAAAAAAUGACCAAUGCUCCAGCUGAGGCCACACCAAAUAACGAAUUAUUGGUGACCAACCUGGCUUACACUGCAAAAGAGGAUGCCCUAAAGAAAGUCUUUCUCAAAGCAGUCAGUGUCAGAAUACCACAGAGCAAUGGCAAACCAAGAGGUCAUGCCUUCAUUCAGUUUGAAAGUGUGGAGGAUGCCAAAGAAGCCAUGGAAUCAUCGUUAAACAAAGAGAUUUGUGGAAGAGCCAUCGGCGUGAAGUUCAGCCAGAAGAGGCCAGAAGGGGACCAAGGGAACUCGGUUCCUUCAAAGACGUUGAUGGUCAGGAAUCUUGCCAAGGAGACGAGUGAGGAGACUUUGAAAAGCUCCUUUGAAGGUGCCAUUGAAGCUCGAGUCACCAAAGACAAGGAGACUGGUGAAUCUAGAGGGUUUGGCUUUGUGGACUUUGAGAGCAUAGAGGUCUGCAAGGCUGUCAAGGAGGCUGUGGUGGACCUUCAGAUUGACGGGAGCAAGGUGACCCUGAUCUAUGCCACACCCCAGGGUGAACGAGGACCUCGUGGAGAAGGAACAGGCUUCAACAGGAGCUUCAGAGGGAAACCUGGAGGUCGAGGUGGCGCUAGAGGCAGGGGUAGGGGUGGAGGCUUCAGGGGUGGACGAGGAGGCAGAGGUGGCGGUGGCGGAAGAAGGACUUAAAACAGCAAAUAUCGUUUUUUUUUACAAUGGACUGCUGCAACUGGGCUCUAAUUCAACAUCUGAAUUAACUGACAAGCUUGUAAGGGGCUUCUAGCCCUAAUAUUUUCAAUAAAACAAACUCAUUUGUUCGUAGUGUAAAUGAUUUAUGUAAAAAGAUUCUACCACGUUCAUACAUAACGAUGAAAUGUCUUAGACACAUUGUACUGUAUGUGUAACAUUUUUGUUUGGUUUUGUCUGUUUUCCUUUUUCCUUUAGUUUACCUUUUUAAUUGUUAAUUUCUUGUUUAUGCAAAUACUAUAUUGAAGACUGGGUAAUUAAAAGGUCCCCAAAUUUAAUGUGGAUUUUCUGAUUUUUCUUUUUCUAAAUUCUUUAUUUUGUGAGUCUUUUAGAGGGACCUUGCAUCUUUUUUUGUGUUUCAGAUACAAUCUCUUGCAACAAAAAUAUAUAGAAUGAUACAGAGGAGUAAAAUCCAGACCAGAAGAUAUGACUUGGGCAGGGUGGGAUAUACUCACUAUGUCCCAUCUUAUGUUUCAUAAGAAAUCGAAUGUUGCAUUUAAUUUAGCCUCCACAUGUCAUCAAAGGAUCUAGACUGCUUGGUCUCAUUGGUGGACCAAAUAGGCCUUAUACAAGUUACUUCAUAUAAUGAACAAAUGAAAUUGCCUGGUUUAACAAACCAGUUAAGCGUUUUGAGGUAUACCUAGUCAGUUGCACAAGUGAAUGCAUUCAACCGAAAUGUGUCUUAGGCAUUUAACCCAACCCCUCUGAAUCAGAGGUGCGGGGGGCUGCCUUAAUCGACCUCCACGUCAUCAGUGCCCAGGGUGCAGUUGUUGGGGGUUAACUGCCUUGCUCAAGGGCAGAUUUUUCCACCUUGCCGGCUUAGGGAUUCGAACCAGACACUUUUCGGUUACUUGCCCAACGCUUUCAAUCGGUAUGCUACCAUUUUGUCAAUGUUUUACUCAGAAAACAAUACCUCAUGACUAUGUCAAUGGCCAACCUGAGGGUAAUAUGGUCAUUUACAUAAGGUGACUGUUACUUUUGGAAUACACCUGUUAUGCUGCCAUGCAUUGUCCUGGUAUCAAUCGAUUUUAAGUCAUUAGAAUACUGUCAUCUCUUGGAUAAGCAUAGGAUAGCGUAAAGCAAUGGAAGAAAGAUUUCUGAAUUAACUGGAACAUUUUAGACGACAAUAGGAAAGAAGUCAGUAUUUUACAUUUAUAAGCAAAUAUAUCGAACAUAUAACUUUUGAAUUGCCAAUAUGAUGCAGGUGAGUGGGGGCGGGAUAUUACUGUAAUUAAGUAACAAUAAGUGUUAUAGUAGAAUAGUAUUAUAAUUCUGUAAACUCAGUAUUUACCAUGUGUGUACUUUCAAAGAAAUACUUGAUUAAAUGGGUUCUAAAAUUG